GUACCGGGACCAGCGCUACGUCGGGACGCACUUCGUUGGCACGCCGCUGCUGCACAUCCACGACCUGGAGAUCAUCCGCGAGGUGCUCAUCAGGGAGUUCCAGGACUUCAACGGCCGCGCCAUGUACUCGGACCCGGACAACGACAUGAUCUCGGGCCAGCUCUUCCUGCUCUCCGGCCAGCCCUGGAGGACCCUCCGCGUCAAGCUCAGCCCCACCUUCACCACCGGGAAGUUGAGGUUCAUGUUCACGACGUUCAAGAGGUGCGGCGACCAGCUGCGCGAGCACAUCGCCUCCGAGGUGCGGGCGGGCGGCGGCCGGACCGUCAUCGAAAUCAAGGAGCUGCUGGCGUGCUUAGGCACGGACAUCAUCACCUCGGUGGCCUUCGGCAUCGAGGCCAACACGCUGGCCAACCCCAAGUCCGAGUUCCGCCGCAUCCCUGCGCUCAUUCUAGACCCUUCCAGGAAGUCGGUGACAAAGAGUCCAUCGCCGACGGCCCGGUCGAGAAGCAGCAUAUCAGCAUUCGGGAGAUCGCCGCGCAGUGCACCGUCUUCUUCCUGGCUGGCUACGAGACCACGUCGUCCACCCUGACGUUCACCCUGUACCUGCUGGCCAAGCACCCGGAGGUGCAGGACAAGGUGGUCGAGGAGAUGAGGGAGGCGCUCGACAAGCACGGCGGCGAGAUUGAGUACGACACCCUGCUCAACCUGCCGUACACCGACAUGGUGCUGAACGAGACGAUGCGGCUGUACCCCUCCGUGCCCUUCCUCAACCGCGAGGCGAUGCGGGAGCGCAAGCUGCCCCUCACCGACCUCGUCCUCGACAAGGGCACCCGCAUCAUGAUCCCCAUACGCGCGCUGCACAUGGACCCCAAGUACUGGGACGACCCCGAGGAGUUCAAACCCGAGCGCUUCACGAAGGACAAGAUGGAGGCCAGGCAUCCCAUGGUGUACCUGCCGUUCGGCGACGGCCCGCGCAUCUGCAUAGGCAUGCGCAUGGGGCUGAUCCAGAUGAAGAUGACCCUGAUGACGAUCCUGACCCGGGCGGAGGUCCGGCUGCCGGCCGACGCGCCCAGCACCAUCAAGCUGUCCCCGCUCACCGUCGGGCCCACGCCCAUCGACCCCCUCAAGCUCGUUUUCACCGAGCGGGCCUAAAGAGGCAGGGGGAGGUGGAUUAACUGUGCCACUCGUCUUCUUUAUCUUUCCGUAUCGCCGAACACUCGUGUGGGCGGAUGGAUCCGUUGUGACGUUGGCCUCUCUGGCAGGCAUAAGGCGCCACCCAGGUGUGGCACUUAUUGUGGUGCAACUUGUGCAACUUGUGCAACCAGCUUCUCUAAACUUAGCACCAAAACGAACACUUGAGCCCCUGGGCACCGCGACCAAAUGACAAUAUGGCGGAAGUGACGUACCGGUGGCACUGACAAACUGUGUGGAAGUGACACACCUGGUAAAAGUGACAGACUGGAUGAAAAACGCACCACAACAUGUGAGAAGCAGCAGAUUUAUUUCUCUCGAUGUCUCAUUUCCUUUCCAUCCACGACAGAUUCCCUUACGCACCCAGAAAAUCGUUUCCUUGAAAAUGGGGAAUUUCCUUGAAAUUAGCCUUGAAUCAACGAAAUUGACCUAAAGUAAACAUAAAGAAAAAUGUUCCUUUCUUCACGGAAAAUUUUUCCUUAAUUUGAAGAAAAGUCUUUAACUUACAGAAUUUUUGUCGUUAAACCAAAGAAAUUUCUUUGGAACAAGAGAAAAUUUCCUUAUUCCAUCAUAAUACGCCGCGGCGCUUGUCGCUUUCCCAGUCGAUUCUGGACAAAUAAAUGUUUUUGAUACUGAAAA